UUUUAAACUGGCGCCAGUAGCCUGCUGAAAGUUACCAUUUUCAGUUCCUGUCCCUUUCUCUUUUUUUGUAUCACACACACUCUCACAUACAUACAUCAUACACGCAGUAUUCAUAAUCAUCUUAUUUCUGUACUGCUACUAACAUUCCCCCUUUCUGUUUUGCUUUUUUUUAACAAUAUCAAAUAAUGAAAGUGAAUGAAAACCCAACAUGUGUUUCCAAGUAGCUGAUUGGUUGAAAAUAUCUAUCGGUCUUUGAAAGAGUGCACGGGAUAGGAUGAUGAAUGAAAGGAGCCAACAAAAAAAAAGUUGGAUCUCUUCUUUUUCUUUUUCUUUAAUCUUUUGUUGACGCGCGUAUACAUAUAUCAUGGAUGAAGAUUACGAUGUUAUUGUUCUAGGUACUGGUUUGACCGAAUGUAUCUUGUCAGGUUUAUUAUCAGUUGAUGGAAAGAAAGUGUUACAUUUGGACCGAAACAGUUAUUAUGGUGCUGAAUCUGCUUCUUUGAACUUGACUCAGUUAUUUGAAAAGUUUAGACCUGGAACAGAAGUACCUCCUACAUUGGGUCGUGACCGUGACUGGAACAUUGAUCUUAUCCCCAAGUUUAUGAUGGCCAAUGGUGAAAUUGUUCGAUUCUUGACACAUACUGAUGUUACUCGCUAUUUGGAAUUCAAGCAAAUUGCUGGUUCAUUUGUGGUUUACAACAAGGGUACCAAGAUCUCUAAAGUGCCAUCCAAUGAAGUCGAAGCUUUAUCUUCUCCUUUGAUGGGUAUCUUUGAAAAGCGACGUAUGAAGAAGUUUUUGGAAUGGGCUCAAAAAUAUAACGACGCUGAUCCUUCUACUCACAACGGUAUCAACAUUUCCACUGUUCAAAUGUCUGAAGUCUUCAAACAAUUCGGAUUGGCUGCUGAUACUCAAGAAUUCAUUGGUCAUGCUAUGGCUCUUCAUUUGGAUGAUAAUUACUUAAACGAACCUGCUCGUGAUACUGUGGAAAAGGUACGUUUGUAUGCUGCUUCUGUCCUUCGUUAUGGCAAGAGUCCUUAUAUCUAUCCUUUGUAUGGUCUUGGUGAUCUGCCUCAAGCAUUUGCUCGUUUGAGUGCCGUUUAUGGUGGUACUUACAUGCUUAAUAUGGAUGCUCAAGAAAUUUUAUAUGAUGAUCAAGGCAAAGCUAUUGGUGUCAAGACUGCUGAAGGUAUUGCUCGUGCAAAACAAAUCAUUUGCGAUCCUUCUUAUGCUCCUACCAAAGCCAAGAAGAUUGGUUCCGUUGUUCGUGCUAUCUGUAUUCUCAACCAUCCUAUCCCUGGUACUGGUGAUGCUGAUUCUGUACAAAUCGUCAUUCCUCAAAAUCAAAUUGGUCGCAAGCAUGAUGUUUAUGUGGCAUGUGUCAGUAGUGCUCACAAUGUCUGUGCAAAGGAUUAUUAUUUGGCUAUUGUUUCUACUAUUGUUGAAACCGAUAAGCCCGCUGAAAUGGAAAUUCAAGAAGGAUUGAAACUUUUGGGCCCUAUUGUAGACAAAUUUGUGUCUGUAUCUCCUUUGGAAAUUGCUAGUGAGGAUGGUACUCAAGAUCAAGUCUUUGUUUCUCGAUCCUAUGAUGCUACUUCCCACUUUGAAACUGUAUGUGAUGAUGUAAAAGAUUUAUGGAAACGCGUCACUGGUGUACCUCUUGUUUUGAAGAAGAAGGACAACCAAGAAGAAUCUACUGCUUAGUUUAUAGUCAUUAUCUCUUUUUAUUAUUCUUAUUCCUUUACCCAAUAAACGAUGCUUCUCUUUUCUUUUUAAACCAAACAAUUUUUUUCAUAGACAUAUAGAUGAUGAUAUACAUCACAAAAGGAUUAGGCUUUAAUACUAAAAUAAGAUUUGAUGUGGGAAAUCGUCAAGAAUAUGUUGCAGUUUAUCCAAAUUUUGAAC